AAUGUCCCACGUCCCUUGAAUAUAUUCCGUGGAUUUUCUAUCGCAUAAAUAUCAAUAAUGGCGCCGCCGGCCGCUAGACAUCGGUAUAAUGUAAAUAAAUCCGAUAAUCAUACGUCCUUUUCGAAAAAAGCUUUACGAAAAAUAGUAAAGGAACCUAAGGAAUCGAAAAACAAAGACAAAUCUCAGGCACCCGUAUCGUCCACAAAAGCAAACACAGUUGUCCCCGGUGUUGACACAGCUUUCAAAACAUUUGUGAGCGCUAGACUUUGCAGUGCAAUUUGGUCAUACAUUUCGGACUGUGAUGAAACAUUUAACUAUUGGGAACCUCUGCACUACAUCAUCAAUGGUCAUGGCCUACAGACAUGGGAGUACAGUCCGCAGUUUGCUCUACGCUCGUAUACAUACCUGCUCCUUCAGGGUGUGCCCGGUUGGAUCUAUCAAAAGUUAUUUCAGCCAUCACCAGUCUUGAUAUUCUAUAUGAUCCGGUGCAUUCUUGGUUUUGGUUGUGCGGUAAUGGAACGAUAUAUGUACAAGGCAAUUUGUCGGGAAUUCGGUAUACACAUUGGUAGAUUGUGGCUUAUAUUCCAGUUAUUCAGUGUUGGAAUGUUCGUUUCAAGCACAGCUUUGCUGCCAAGCUCAUUCUCUAUGUAUUUUGGCUGUGCUGCCUUGGCGGCCUGGUGGCAACAGAGCUACAAUUUAGCUGUUUUUCUCACAGCCAUAUCAACUCUUUUAGGUUGGCCAUUCGCUGCUCUUAUUGGAAUUCCAAUUGCAUUUGACAUGCUUAUCAGGCAGAGAAUGUUCAAAGCGUUUCUUAUAUGGACGCUGAUUUCUGGUGCCACCAUUGGCAUUCCAAUGAUUGUCAUCGAUUCUAGUUAUUUUGGACGAGUAGUCUUUGCUCCGCUGAAUAUUGUUAUAUAUAAUGUCUUCACCACUCAUGGACCCAAUCUCUAUGGAACUGAGCCAUUUAGUUAUUAUCUAAUCAAUGGGUUUUUAAACUUUAACGUCAUCUGGAUAGCGGCAAUUAUAACUCCCUUAAUGCUGCUCAUCGACUACUUUACCAUCCCAGCUAGAUCAAAGAGUACCUUACAUCUGCCUCACUACCUAAGUUUGGCUCCGUUCUUCCUUUGGUUGACAGUAUUCCUCCUUCAGCCACAUAAAGAAGAACGUUUCCUUUUCCCCAUCUAUCCUAUGAUCAGUCUCUGCGGUGCUAUUACCGUUGACAUUUUUCAACGAAUCCUAUUCCGGCUAAAAACAAUGUUUACAAAACUUACAGUUGGCGCACACUAUCUCGACCAUACCAUGUUAAUACCUGUAGUCUUUAUGCUCGUAAGCACACUUUUGGGUAUGUCUAGAGUUUUUUCACUCUACCGUAAUUACCACGCCCCAAUGGAUUUGCUUAUUGAAUUGAACCAAGUUAAAUCAGCUCCAGACUACAGUGCCGAUAAAAUCUACAAUGUCUGUGUGGGUAAAGAUUGGUAUAGAUUUCCGGGUAGUUUCUUUCUCCCAUCCACAAAUUUCCGCAUUCGAUUCUUACAAUCGGAAUUUAAAGGAAUUCUACCCGCAUACUAUGAAGGAGCCGAAAAUGCUACCACUAUUGCACAACCCUACUUUAAUGACAUGAACCAGGAAAAUGAUCACAUGUACUUUGACUACAACAAAUGUCACUUUCUGAUCGAUUUAGACGAAGGAAAAUACACCGAACUUCAACCGAACUACGCAGCCAGACUUCGGGAAUGGACAGUUGUGAAAAGUUUACCAUUUCUUAUUCAAGAGAAAUCUCAUAGACUACUUCGAGCGUUCUAUAUUCCAUUCUUGACCGAUAAUCACACCACCUACGGCAAUUUUAACUUAUUGAAGAGAAAGAAGUGGAAACAAAGUUAGUUAUCAACUAAAUAGAUUCAUACGUAUUUCAAGGCUUCAUUCGUUUUCGACAUUCGUUUUUUUAAUAACUUGGCUCAGGAAGCAUUUAUUUUUCUUUAAUAAAAUCUUAGAACUAAAUUUUCGUGUGAAAUUGUAUGCAUUUCGAUAGAGAAAAAGUUUUUAGUUGUAAUUUAUGUUAUUAUGAAAACAAAAACAAAAAAACAACAACGACAUUUAUACUGAUUGAGUAAUGUUUUAUUUAAUUAACCAAAGAUUUAAUUUUAAAAACGAAAUAAUUCCUUAAAAUAAAAUAAAUUAAAGUAAUUGUGUAAAAAUGAA